AUGAUGCUCGCUCAACUGGCGACAGCAACAUCGGAUACAACUACAUCCGCCGACGACAGCCGAGUGAUCCUCCUACUGGAUUUCCGCAAGGCUUAUGACACGGUCGAUCGCGAAUUCCUGUAUGAGGCUCUUCGCCAAUUUGGUUUGGCGGAAAGGUAUGUUCAGCUUAUUACUCGACUACAUACUGGUACUACGGCCGCGUUCCUUGUAAAUGGGGAACAGUCUCGUCCCAUCUCCGUCGUUUCCGGUAUCCGGCAAGGCUGUCCACUCGCCCCUUUGCUUUUUCUCGUCGUGGUGGAGAUAUUGGGCGUUGCGGUACAGCAAUCACCAGAUUUGUCUGGGCUUCCUGUCCCUGGACGACAUCCGGCAACGCACGUUUUCUCGGCGUUUGUGGAUGACUCGACGAUCUUUCUCGAGAAGGCCAGUCAGCUGGAGCCAGCGAUAGCUCUUCUCUCUCAAUUUGGGACCCUAUCAGGGCUAGUUGCCCAACCCUUCAAGAGUCAGAUCAUUUGUCUUAAUCGGGCUGUGCACGUAGCCGACAUGCGGGGCAUUCCGGUCCUUCAACAGGCGGACACGGUGCGAUACCUGGGCUAUCAAGUCGGAUUGAGACCUUUACACAAUUGCAACUGGGCGCUUCGCAUCCGGAAGCUUCAACGGAGGCUAAUGACAGCUUCUAGGGUGGCGACCAGUGUGGCGAAUCGGGUGUUGAUCCUCAACUCCAUCAUUCUCCCGUCUGUUCUGUUCACGGCGGCGGUGUUCGAUAUGCCUGAGUGGGCACGACUUGCUGUCCACAACCUGUACAAACAAUUUUUAUGGGCUCAUGCGACUUCAACGGAAGCCAGCCGACACAAGAUUAACCCGGGACUACUUUUCACCCCCAAAAAGGCAGGGGGGGUUGGGUUGGCCUCUUUGGAAGUGGCUAUUAAAACGCAGCGUACCAAGCACGCUUUACAGUGGCUCACACAAGCUCAGGACAAGUAUUUUGGAGCCUGGAGUGCGUGGGCUUAUCAAGGCCGGCCGACAAAAUCGAGCCUGGUUCUCCAUUGCAGGACGCAGGCAGCUGGGGCUGCAUCGUGUGUCGGGGCACCGUCCCCAAAUUCAUGGGUACCGGACGUUGACAAGCUUCUACACCCUACGGUAGAGCAAGCCACCAUACUCAGCGAGCGGGUACGAACGUACUACCACCCCGUCCUCCACGGCGCCAGUAGCUGGUGGGAGGAGGAGGAAUGGGUUCUGUCGUAUCAUCACCCUUUCCCGGCUGGGUUACCUGCGCUCGAUCCUCAACAGUGUGCGCUACAUCGCUUUUGGGGGACACUAGACUGGAGUAAUAACCCGUGGAUCCAGGACGGCAAUGGCCUUCCGUUAAAAUCCGCUACCUACGACCGGAUCGCGAUCUGCCCCAUCUCGGACCUGCACAUUCGGCGAACAGGGCCAACUGAAUUUAUUUUUCGCAUUAAGCCGGUUGAACCCCGAUCUAUUCACCACUCGCAGCCUAAACUCCGUCGGUGGGCGACGGCAAUCUUGCUGGCAUCCCCUACAUUUCCCAUUGGGGGCGAAUUAGCGCUCGAACCUGAGCUGGUUCUUCGCCAUGCACCACCUUUUCGACAUGAAUGGACCUGGGCCUCGGUGCAACAAGGUCGAGUGGUCGGGAGGCGAGAGGGGUACUUGGAAGUCGCUGACCAGCCUGUUGAACUGCAGCAGAGUGCGGAUGGAAUUCGCUGGUUUUUCACCUCUCACCUACCAGAGUUAGCUACUACUUCGGACGAGGACAGAUCCAUUUGGGACCUACGCCUGCGUCGUCACGGCGUCGUGUUUUACUCCCAUCCCGGGCAUCAUGGCUUUCCUUGGGCCGUCGCCGAGUCGGUCGCGAAUUUAGCUAUACGAAAAGCUAUUUCACGCCUGGCGUUCACGUUUCACAAAAGACUUCUUGCAGUCGCAUUGCGACCGCUGGUGCGGCGUCUGGACGCCGUCUGUGACUUCGAUCAGUGGCAGCGGGCUGCCGCAAACCAAGACCCGGCACACGUUUGGAAGCAUGCCAAAGGCCUUUCCGACCAUCAGGUCUGGACGUGUUACCGUAUAGCCACCAAGCAACUCAACUUGUACCAUGCCGGCCGUCCGGCGGACAAUAGUUGCCGGGCGUUAUCGGCGUGUCACGGUUGCAAAGAAACGCCGGCUCACAUCUUUUGGGACUGCCCCAAGGCGCGCGCGUGCUGGGGUCAACUCAUUACCCAUUGGACAGGUGAACGGGCUGGGAGGCCGUGGGGAGAGCGUAGGUUCGUCGGGAGUGUGAAUCGUCACGCGCCGGAGAAACCGUCCAAGCAGCGUCUUCGGAUUUACCAUAUGCUCCCGGAGGACUUAGAGGCUGGUGUCGCGGUUUGGAUGCGUCUCUGGUUUAUUCUGAGCAGCAUUUGUCUGACCCACUUAUGGAAUGAGCGGAACGACGCGGUUUUUCGAGGAGUGCAGUCGACGCCUCUCCACAGCGCCGCGCGUUUUUGGGCGCUGGGAAUUCGACAUCUUACCGCAUUAGCGAAACGCAAACAUCGCGGUCCCUCCACAGCUGUCGCCGGGGCUAUCAUGCAUACCUGUAUCGACCUCUUUAUUCUCGAACCUCAGGAUGGGCCGAUACCUUUAGGUGACAGCCACGACAAGCUACCAGUUCCGGAGCUAUUGUCCUGGCUUAGAAGUUUUCAGACAUCUUUAGCAUAA